AUGGUCAACCACGGGCGAUCCAACGGCUGCACGACAUGCAAACAACGCCGCGUCAAAUGCGACCAAGCAAGGCCCAAAUGCCAGGCCUGCCAGCGCCUCGGACUUCACUGCGGUGGCUACAAGACGAAAUACGCCCUCAAAUUCCGCGACCAAACUCACAAGUUCUUCACAAAUAGCGGAGUUAAGGAAAGAGGACCAGUAUCUGUCAUGCGACCGGCUGAGCCCGACACUGCCGUGCCAUUCUUCCUCCAGCACUACGCAGGCAUCGGCCGUUCCAUGGGAUCCGCGCGCGGCUUCUUCGAGGUGCUGAUUCCGGUCUACUACUCGCAGCCUCAGGACUCGGCGCUGUCGCUGGCUGUGUCGGCUGUUGCUUCGAAGAUCCUAGCUUUGUGGCGACACGAUACCAGGGGUUUCCGACCGGAGACUUAUACGCAGGCCGUCAAGUGUCUUCGGCGGACCAUCGCGGAUCGCAAUGAAUGGGGAAAGCCAGAAACAGCGUUAGCUGUGCUGGCGCUGCAGUUGUACGAGAACGUCGCUGCUAUCUAUGACCUUCGCACAGCCACGCGAGUCCACCAUGACGGCGCGAUGUCGCUGCUCCCGUUUGUAGGUUCGCAUUCGGACCAUGUCACUGGAGCCAGUGUAUAUCCUCGGAGAUUCAUUCUCCAUACCGAGAUUUCCUCGGCGAUGCGUCAGGAAAGGCCGUUGCAGAGCAUGGCGUACUCAUGGGCUGGCGGACACGAUCUGAAUCUGAUAGAUAACCCGAGUUCGGCACUUGAUGCCAUCGGCGCGUCCGUUGCUGAGUUGCAGGCGAGUUAUAUGCAGCUGGCAACGCAAUAUGCCCUGCCCACUGGCAGAGUGGCAGCCGAGGCAAAGCGUAUUGAUGAACAACUGCUGGCCUGGGCACAGAGCGUGCCAGAUCACUGGUACCCCCUGAGGCUGGUCAGUCAAGACAUCGACCCAUCGAUCCCCACCUAUCAGUCUGUCUGCGAGAUCUACCCUCACUGCCAGAUCGCAAACAUCUGGAACCUAUGGCGCAUCCAGCGCCUCUUACUCGUCAAGAUCUCCCUCAGCUCAGCUAGCACGAGCUCAAGAGAGCAGCUCGAAUACAAACACACCCUCCAAGAGCUCGUCGACUCUGUUUGCUACAGCGUGCCCUUCUAUCUCGGCAAUCGAACCAGACCGUCAAGCAUUCCCGACUUCACGGACCCAGCGAUCCUGCUUCCUAGCGAGCACCUGACACGGCCUGAUAUAGGAAGGAAAAGUGAAGGAGACGAGCAUAAACGGCAUAUCAUCGCCCAAGGCCCGUGGCACCUGAUGAGCCCGCUGAGUCGCUUAUUGACGCUCUUUUCGGAAGAGCACGGCGGGACGCAGAUUGCGGCGUUUCUCAGACCUGGGCAGUAUGAGUGGAUCUGUGAGCAGUUCCUGCGUGUUACUACGUUGCUUCAUAUCCCGCAAGCGGACACUGGCGAUGGCAUGGGAGGAUACACACCUUUGGCCUCGAACUCUUCCUCGCGAGGAUGUGUAAAUAGCAGGGUUGACCAGCUCGCGAAGAGGGUCAGAAGGGGUGCGGUUUUUAUGAGUGGGCCUUGA